GCGAUAGCUACGCAGUCGCUUGCCAAGGAAGCGUGGGUUUUCAUUCAGGUUCGCUAGGUUAGGUUCUUGAAAGUUUUCUUGAAAUGUCGGAACGAAAAGGAACUGCUAAACUCGAUUACCUGAAAAAGAUCGAGGAAGAGAUUCAGCAAAAAUGGGAUAAAGAGAAAGUAUUUGAAAGCAAUGCUCCGACCACACUUGGGGAGAGUAAAGAGAAGAAGAAAUAUUUUGUCACCUUUCCGUAUCCGUACAUGAAUGGAAGAUUGCAUCUUGGACACACUUUCUGCCUCUCUAAGUGUGAGUUUGGUGUUGGAUACCAGCGCCUGAAAGGAAAACAAUGCCUCUUUCCAUUUGGACUUCACUGUACUGGGAUGCCUAUCAAGGCCUGUGCAGACAAGCUGAAGAGAGAGAUGGAACUGUAUGGAAACCCACCCCAAUUUCCUGAUGAGGAAGAAGAGGAAGAGGAGAAGCCCGACGUGUCAGAUGAAAUCAUAAUUAAGGACAAGUCCAAAGGCAAAAAGAGCAAAGCAGUAGCCAAGGCAGGCAGCUCCAAGUUCCAGUGGGACAUCAUGAAAUCCCUGGGCCUGUGCGAUGAGGAGAUUGUCAAGUUUGCUGAUGCUGAGCACUGGCUGGAGUACUUCCCACCCCUCGCUGUGAAGGACCUGAAGGGAAUGGGAGUUAAGGUGGACUGGCGUCGUUCAUUCAUCACAACUGACGUGAACCCUUUCUAUGACUCCUUUGUGAGGUGGCACUUCAUGACUUUGAAGGAGAGGAAGAAGAUUAAGUUUGGAAAGAGAUACACCGUUUACUCCCCCAAAGAUGGUCAGCCUUGUAUGGACCAUGACAGACAGUCAGGAGAGGGAGUGGGCCCGCAAGAGUACACGCUGAUCAAGAUGAAGCUGGUGGAUCCUUUCCCAGCAAAACUUAGUGCCCUCAAAGGCAAGAAUAUCUUCCUGGUGGCAGCGACCCUACGGCCCGAGACCAUGUUUGGUCAGACCAACUGCUGGGUGCGGCCAGACAUGAGGUAUGUAGCCUUUGAGACGGCCAGUGGAGAGGUGUUCAUCUGCACGCGCAGGUCUGCCCGAAACAUGGCGUAUCAGGGCUUCACCAAACAGAAUGGAGUGGUGCCUGUCGUCAUGGAGCUCCUAGGUCAGGAUAUUCUGGGAUGUUCUCUCAGUGCUCCGCUCACGUCUUACAAGGUCAUCUACGCUCUGCCCAUGCUCACCAUCAAAGAGGACAAAGGCACAGGCAUUGUCACCAGUGUUCCAUCCGAUGCUCCUGAUGAUAUUGCCGCUCUAAGGGACAUAAAAAAGAAACAGGCACUGAGGGAAAAGUAUGGAAUUGAAGACAAGAUGGUCCUGCCCUUCGAACCGGUGCCCAUCAUUGACAUCCCCGGGUACGGGAACUUGUCCGCGCCAGUGGUCUGCGACGAGUUGAAGAUCCAGAGUCAGAACGACAGGGAGAAGUUGGCCGAGGCCAAGGAGAAGGUCUACCUCAAGGGCUUCUACGAGGGGAUUAUGCUGGUGGAGGGAUACAAGGGUCAGAGGGUUCAGGAUGUGAAGAAACCAAUCCAGAAGAUGAUGGUGGAGAAGGGUGAGGCUUUGAUCUACAUGGAGCCAGAGAAGCAGGUGAUGUCACGCUCAGGAGACGAAUGUGUGGUGGCACUCUGUGACCAGUGGUAUCUUGAUUAUGGUGAUGCGGAGUGGAAGCAGCAGGCCAUGGAUUGUUUGAAGCCCUUGGAGACGUUCUGUGAGGAGACCCGAAAGAACUUUGAGGCCACACUAGCCUGGCUCCAGGAACACGCCUGCUCCCGCACCUACGGGCUCGGAACCCGGUUGCCAUGGGACGAGCAGUGGCUGAUUGAGUCUCUGUCGGACUCCACCAUCUACAUGGCCUACUACACGGUGGCGCACUUCCUCCAGGGAGGGGUUCUCAACGGCCAAGGGCCCUCUCCUCUGGGCAUCAGGCCUGAGCAGAUGACAAGGGAGGUGUGGGACUUCAUCUUCUUCAAAAGCUCCCCCUUCCCCAAAACAGACAUCCCCAAGGAACACCUGCAGAAGCUGCGCAGGGAGUUUGAGUACUGGUACCCCGUGGACGUCCGUGUGUCUGGGAAGGACCUGGUGCCCAACCACCUGUCAUACUACCUGUACAACCACGUAGCCAUGUGGCCUAACGACAGUCAGAAGUGGCCCCAAGCUGUACGUGCUAAUGGACACCUGUUGCUUAACUCCGAGAAGAUGUCUAAGUCCACGGGGAACUUCCUCACCCUGAGCCAGGCGAUCGGCAAGUUCUCAGCAGACGGUAUGAGGAUGGCGCUAGCAGAUGCAGGCGACACAGUGGAAGAUGCCAACUUUGUGGAGGCCAUGGCCGAUGCAGGCAUCCUGCGUCUCUACACCUGGGUGGAGUGGGUGAAGGAGAUGAUCGCCAACCAGAACAACCUGCGCGUCGGGCCAGCCGACUCUUUCAACGACCGCGUGUUUGUCAGUGACAUGAACGCAGGGAUCCUGCGCACAGAGCAGCACUAUGACCGAAUGAUGUACAAGGAGGCCCUGAAGUCUGGCUUCUUUGAGUUCCAGGCUGCUAAGGAUAAAUACCGUGAGCUGGCGAUCGAGGGCAUGCACCGUGACCUUGUGUUCCAAUUCAUCGAGCGACAGACCCUGCUGCUGGCGCCCAUCUGUCCUCACCUGUGUGAAUACACCUGGUCACUGCUUGGCAAGACCACGUCCCUGAUGAAGGCCUCGUGGCCAGUAGCUGGGCCGGUUGAUGAGAUUCUGAUGCGAUCGUCCCAGUAUCUGAUGGAGACGGCCCAUGAUCUGCGCCUCCGCCUCAAAGCUUAUCUGCAGCCGCCCAAAAGCAAGAAGGGAGACGCCAAGCCUCCAGGGAAACCCUCACACUGCACAGUGUAUGUGGCCAAGACCUAUCCACCAUGGCAGCAUAGCGCCCUCUCUCUGCUGGGCAAGUAUUACAAGAGCAGUAAUGGGAGUCUGCCCGAUAAUAAGGUGAUUGCGGGAGAGCUGGGGGCCAUGCCAGAGCUCAAGAAGUACAUGAAGAGGGUGAUGCCUUUCGUCGCCAUGAUCAAGGAGAACCUGGAGAAGAGUGGCCCUCGUGUGUUGGACCUGGAGCUGGAGUUUGAUGAGCGUGCCGUUCUCCUGGAGAACAUUGUUUACCUGACAAACUCACUGGAGUUGGAUCAGAUAGACGUUGUGUUUGCCUCAGAAGCAGAUGACAAAAUAAAAGAGGAUUGUUGCCCGGGGAAGCCUUUCAGCGUCUUCAGAUCUGAGCCCGGCGUGUCUGUGUCCUUGGUGAACCCGCAGCCCGCCAACGGCCUCUUCACCACUCGCAUCGAUAUCCGCCAGGGAGACAGCCGGGACAGCAUUGUCCGUCGGCUAGCCAAGGUCAACCGCUUCAUCAAAGAUCUGUCCAAGGUGAAGCUGAUGCGCUAUGAGGACCCGUUGCUGGGCCCACGGCGGGUACCCAUCCUGGGCCGCGAGGAGCAGGGAAAGCUGCCCAUCUCCGACAAGUCCACCUUCCACAUCAACCUGCAGGACAAGAAGGUGCACAUGACGGACAACGGCCUUAAAGUGGACAUCGGGGACACACUGGUGUACCUGGUGCAGUGAAGAGCAGGGGUGUACGGUUUGAAGGGUCUGCUCUCAUCUUGGACAAGAUGGAAGCUUCCUGGACAAGAUGCAGUGACAUGGGACUCUUUGGAUACAUUUUGUAACAAUGUUUAUUAUGAUGCAGUGAUUAAAAAAAAACAUCCUUGUCCUCUCUGUCCAUUCUGUUUGGUUAACUAACUGUGGGCAGGAAUAGGAAUCAGUUGUCCACUUCAUCUUGCUAUUCAGGGAGUCUAGCGGGCUUCUGUGCAGACUGUCUGUAUUCAGUGGGAUUACCCCAGUGUUUGCCAGCUAGCUGUACAUUUGUGAGCUCUAGUUUGGAGCAGUAGUCCACUGCUUACUGCUAGACACUAUAAUCUCCCUUUUUACUGUUUUUUUUUUUUCCUUUUCUUUUUGUUUGUUAUUUUUCAAGCUUAGUUGUCAUUGUACAAUUUGUAUGUCAACCCCAACCCAAAAUAAAUGAAUAAGCGUAAAUGGACAGAUAAAUAUAUGAUGACAAUAAAAAAAAGGAUACCAUUCUAAA